GCCAGAGAGCAAGAGAGAGGAACUGGGGUUUACGAGUACUGUGGCUUUGUCUGUUUCCUGUUUCAGCAAGGCUGCUGUAGAAAAAGAAAGACAUUACCAAGAAGGGAAAUGCCGAUUGGGCCCAGGGCCACGGACUGAGAGCUUGCAUUUCACUCAGCUGCUGUCUUACCCCAUCUGAGACCAGAGCCAAGAUCUGCCCAGGAGCUGGCAUGCUUUCCUGAGCUGUUGGGGCUGGAGCCUGGUACCCAGAGAUUCAGGCAGCUAUUCCAGGACCUGGAAGCCAAGCACAACAGGUGCUCAGGAGGUCACCAUGAUGAGCCCAGGCCCCAGGCCCUCCCCUGCCUUGGCCCGGUGGACUGAGAGCUAUGAAGCCAAGUGUGAGCGCCACCAGGAGACCCGAGAGAGCCGCCGCUGCCGCCGUAACGUGACCACUUGCCGCCAGGUGGGGAAGACGCUGAGGGCCCAGCAAACAGAACAGCUCAAGAGAGCUCGACAACAGCAGUUCUUCAAGAGAAGAAACUUGAACGUGGAGGAGAAGGGCAAGACACAGAGUUCCCAGGAUAGGGGACAAGGUACUUCCAGGACAGGCCAGGCAAGAGGGACCAGCUCUGAGAUCAUUCCAAUCCAGCAUCGUCCUCCCUCAGGUGUCCAGAGGGAUCUGGCUGAUCACUUCUCCUCACAGGCUGGGGACCUUCCAUCACACAACUCUUCCAUUAAGAAGCCACCCAAACACCACCGUGGCACUCAGACAAAGGCAGAAGAAGCACAGCCAACAAUCAAGAAUGAUGCCAGUCAGCAAACCAACUGCGGAGUUGCAGUUCUGGAUAAGGAAAUCAUCCAGCUUUCUGAGUACCUCAAAGAGGCCCUACAACGGGAAUUGGUCCUAAAACAGAAAAUGGUGAUUCUCCAAGAUCUACUUUCCCACCUGAUUCGGGCCUCUGACAGCUCGUGGAAGGGGCAGCUCAAUGAAGACAAGCUGAAGGGCAAACUGAGAUCUUUAGAAAACCAGCUGCACACCUGUACCCAGAAAUACUCCCCCUGGGGAAUGAAAAAGGUGCUACUGGAGAUGGAAGACCAGAAAAACAGCUAUGAGCAGAAGGCCAAGGAGUUACUGCAGAAAGUGCUGGAGGAAAAAAUGAGUGCAGAGCAGCAACUGCAAAGCACGCAGCGAUCCCUGGCCCUGGCAGAGCAGAAGUGUGAAGAGUGGAAGACCCAGUAUGAGACUCUGAAGGAGGACUGGAGGACCCUGGGGACCCAGCAUAAAGAGCUGGAGAGCCAGCUCCAUGUGCUUCAGUCCAAACUGCAGGGAGCAAACAGCAGAGACGUACAGAUGAGCCAUGCCCUGCAACUUCUGGAGAAUGAGCACCAAGAGCUGCAGGCCAAGAUUGAAUGUCUGCAGGGGGACAGAGACCUUUGCAGCUCAAAUACCCAGGACCUACAAGAUCAACUAAAGAGGUCAGAGGAGGAGAAACUCACCCUGCUGGCCAGAGUACAGGAGAUGCAAAGUCUGCUUCAGAAUCAGUCCUUACAGCUUCAAGAACAGGACAAACUUUUGACAAAGAAAGAUCAGGCUUUUCCUGUGUGGAGUUCAAAGCCCUCCUAUAAUGAAGUGGAGCCUGAGGGUACAGGGGAGGACAGAGACUGGGAUCUCAGAGACCAGCUGCAAAAGAAGACUUUGCAGCUCCAGGCCAAGGAAAAGGAGUGCAGAGAACUGCAUUCAGAGUUGGACAACCUCAGUGACGAGUACCUCUCAUGCCUGCGGAAGCUGCAGCACUGCCGAGAAGAGCUGAACCGGAGCCAGCAGCCACCUCCCAGAAGGCAACGUGGCCAAUGGCUCCCGAUGCUGAUGGUGGUGAUUGCUAUAGCGCUGGCAGUGUUCUUGGCCAACAAGGAUAGCCUGAUGAUCUUAAAUGGCCUGUGACAGCUGCCUU